AACAAAGAGGUUUCAAUUUCAUUUCCAUGCAAGAUUGAAUGUUUAAAAAAAAUACAUAAUUUUACCAAUUAAGAGAAAAUUGUGUCAGUGUAAUUUUAUGUGUCUAAAAGUGCGUAAAAAUAUAUAUGAACGUUGGUGUGUUUGAAUGUGAUUCCAAUUAUAAGAAAAUAUAUAAAUAAAUCAUAUUGAGAAAAGUAUUAUAAAUACAGCGAGACGACGAUUCUGUUAAGUAACUGUGAGAUCGGUUUUCCCUGAAGUAUAUUAUACCGCAGAAAUGCCAAGUGAUGGUGGAAAACUCAUUAAAUUGCAGACGACGAGAAGAAAGAGUGAAAAUUUCUUAAGAAUUUCAAUCACAAUGGAACCCUGAAUGUGGAAUGAACGUGAAAUUCUCGGCAAUGUGAAGACCUUUAUGCUGUACCAUCGCCCUCCGUAUAUGUUGUGGCAGUUACAACCCCACGGAGACUUUAUACAGCUUCUCAAUUAGGGGGUACCUACAUACACGAAAAAAAAGAAGAAAAUUCCUAUAUUCUCAUCCCAGCGAAAAAUCAUUGUUUUUCUCCGUAUUUUCCAACACAUACCGCGCGCGGAUGAACAAUUCCGAGACAGAAAUAAUAUUCUAAAUACCAUGCGAGACAGUGUUUUAAUUAUAAACUCAUUGAGAUAUUUAUGUUUUAUUAAAUAUUUCUCCAUUGAGUGACACAGUAGUGUCGAAGAUAAAGUCAAGAAGUUUGUGUGCUGAAAAUGAUGAGCACGUCACCAAAAUCUUCACUCGCCAAGCUUGGAUUGCAUUCGAAUAAGAGCAAGACGUUCAAAGUGCUUAUUAUUGGACACAGUGGUGUUGGGAAGACAGCAAUGGUAGUGAGGUUCAUCACCAAGAGAUUUAUUGGGAGCUACGACAGCAGCGAUGAGAAAAUCUACUCCUACACAACUGUGAUUGAUAAUGAGAUUGUUGCUUUCGACAUUGCAGACCGGCCGGGACAUUUCAAUACGACUGACAUGGACAAGUACAAGAAUGCCGAGAGGAAAGCACUGGAUCUGGAGACGCAGUGCAGAUGGGCAGACGCCUUCAUCCUCGUCUACUCCGUAACAGAUAAAUGCAGCUUCGAUGAGUGCAACCGCCUCAAGUUUCUCAUAAAUUACAACAAGAGGCGACGUAAACUCACAAACAAGGAAAGUCUGAUGGACGUGCCUGUGAUUUUGGUGGGGAACAAAAAUGACCAAUGGGGUGAUCGGAUGGUGUCCAACGAGGAGGGCUACCGACGCUCCAAGGAAAUCAGCUGUGUGUGCUUCCAUGAGAUUUCAGCACGAGAGAGUGCAGAGCAGGUGAUGGCUGUCUUCCGGGAUGCCACACGGUACUGGCGCGUUCUCAGCAAAUCUCCCAAACUCAAGAGGUCCACAAGUGAAACAGCCAGUGAGCUGGCUGUGAGUCCUGAUCCCUUGACACCCUGCCUCCUGCCAAUUGAUGGCGCUGUUACACCCACCGCAACAACACCCCCUGUGCGGAGUGAGAAGCGAAUGUCGAUGCUCUUCUUUGGGCGCCUAUGGGCUGAGAGUAGCCCCGAUGAGAAUGAUGAGUUGCAGACGAAGGAGAGCAACUCAAAGGAGAAUGGACCAUUCCGGGAACGUGCCUCCACCGAUGGUACUCUCCUCUCACGUCCACGACGAUGGCGCUUCCCACCACCCACAACGUCCGGAAGUGGUUCCUUGACCCCGCACCCACGCAGCGAGCGCCGCAUGAGCAUCUCCCUGCGUGGCAGUAACACCAAUUCCAGCUAUUAACCCCAUAGGGCAGACAAAGAGUGAGAGCAGAGACGUGUUUCCCAUACAUUCGACCCACAAUUCCGGGGGCUACAGAUGUCUCGUGAUGGAAACUUGGGAUAGUAGCU